CUCUCAUUGGCUGGAAGUGUGGACGGUUGUGAGUCAACACGCUGAGAACGGCGACUCUACUGCGCUGGAGAUUAUGCAGACGGGAUAGAUGGAAUGCUUUGAGAACAAUUGCAAUUACUGACUUUGGUUAUCCGCUUUCUUGUGGGCUGCAUUGGAAAGAUGCCUUUGCAAAUGGAUGUACAUGUCCAGAUCCUGCUGGCCGUGGGCUUGGCAAUCCUCUGCUUCUUCCUGGUGCUCGGCUGCUUUCUCUGCUGGCGUCGCCGCAAAUCCCGUCUCCUCAACGACAAAGAGGCGGCCUUGUCGCUCCCGCCCCUGACCUCUGACCCCACCGCCACAGCGACUGUGGCCCCGAGUGCCUGGCCCUCAAUCGGCCUGCUCCCUGUCCGUCAGCAGUAUGAGGAGCUGGAGGGGGACGUGCUGGACUUUCCCGCGCUCUCUCCAUCGCCCUCGGCCACCAGCGCCUCCCCUCCCUCGGAGGACGGGCUCUCGGUCCAGGGCCUGGCCCCGCGGCCCCGCUCCUCCUCCGAUCUGCACGAGUCCUCCUCCACCUCCGCCUCUGCCUUGGCCCGCGCCUCCUGCUUCCCCCUGCGGCGCCUCAGCUCCCCGGCCGCCCCCUGCUCCCCGCUCCGCUCCCCCUCCCCCUCUCCCUCCUCCUCCAUCUCCCACGGCCGGGCCUCCCUGCCCUCCAUCCCCAAACUGGGCCUGGUGUCUCGCACCAAACGGGCCCUGGAGCGGCGCUGCUCGGUGGCCGCCGAUGGCUCCGUCCCCUCGGGCGAGGGCAGCCGGCUGACCUGCCCCCAACCGGCGUCCACCGCCCUCUCCACCUCGCCACAGCUCACCUACGGGUCCGCGUCCUCCUCCAGCACCGACUCCAGUUCUACCUCCUCCUUCGCUCUAGGGCCGAGCGUUGUGACCUCCAAGCCUGGUCCGCUGCUGCACUUCACCCUGCUCUUCUCGCCCUCGUCCGGCAUGCUCUCCCUGACCGUGCUGGGCAUCAGCGGGGCACCGCGGCGGCUUGGCGGGGUGUUUGUGCGCGCCAGCCUCCCGCCGCUCCACCCCACGGCCGUGCAGGCGUCCACGCGCCGCCGCAGCCUCAGCCCCGAGUUCCAGAGCCAGAGCUUCCAGCUGGACGUGGGCGACAUAGACGCGCUGAGGGGUGCCACACUGCGGCUGGCCGCCUUCUGCAGGGACUUCUCCGGCCUGAGGGAGGCGCCGCUGGCCGAGCUGGAGCUGCCCUGUGCCGAGCUGGACUGGGAGCCCGACACCACCAUCACCUGCACCAGGCAGAUGGAGCUGGUCAAGAGGAGGCUCAGAAAGAGUGUGAGUUCUCAGGAGACCCUAGGCGGUCGACGGAUGUCUGUCUGUGCCCCACGGGCCCUUGGUCAGCUCUUCGUCCUGCUCCAGUACCAGACGGUGGCUCAUCGUAUCAAGGUCAUGGUGCGCAAGGCGGAGAACCUGGCCAAACUCACACGUAUGCCAGGAGCACCAGAUCACUAUGUGGUCAUCAAUCUGCGACAAAGCGGUAAAGUGAUCGCCACCAAGGAGACGAAAGGGGCGGCUGGUCACAAUGCGGUUUGGAACGCACCCUUCCUGUUUGACCUGCCCUCUGGUGACAUCAUCAAGCUACCACUCGUCCUGGAGUUCAUCGUCAUGCAGGGUCGACUUUACACAAAAAGCAGUGUGCUUGGCUGUGUUCUGAUUGGCUACGAGGGUCCAGAGUCGGGGCAGGUGCACUGGAAAGAGAUGUGCGCUCGAGGUCAGGUGGAGACGGCUCGCUGGCACACUCUUCAGCCAGAAACACUGGCUGAGUGACAUCACAGCAUGCCGUCCAAUCAGAAGUGGUGUUGGAAUAACCUCGUAGCAUGGUAUCCAAUCAGAGACAACUCACCAUCCUUAGAACAUACUCACUGUGUCCCUCAAAAAACAAUUACGAUCAUCAGGAGAGGGAAGACACAACUUUUGAUCUCCAUCUUACAAAUCCAAUAUGGACAGCCCGGUUAAGAUCUUAGGAGUAGCUACAUGUGGGUACAGUGGGAUGAUUCCCAAAGCUACAACCAGUUAUGUUGUAUAUUAUUCUCACUGCCAGGAUUUAUAACACUAAGAAAGUAUGGUCAAGUUUUUCAUUUUGGCAUUCCUGUAUCUGCCACUGCUACCACUGGAUUGCAUAUGUAAACGAUUGUUCUUAGGGACUCAUGGGGAUGGAUAUGAUGUAGGGAUGUAACGGUGUGAAAAUUUAACCAAACGGUUAUAGUGACCAAAAUGAUCACGGUUUUCGGUAUU